AUGGGCGCUCCACUGAUGAUGCUGCUCCACACAAACAUCACCAGUGGACGCCUUCCCAAAGGUUUGCCACACGGCUGGGAAGUCAAGUUUGAUGCUAACUCUGGCAGAUACUACUUUAUUGAUCACAUCAAGAAGCAGACAUCAUGGGAGGACCCACGACUCAAGACUGCUCCCCCGCCACCACCCCACCCAGACACCCUGCCGGCAGAGCUGCGGGUGCAGCAGGAGACCCAGCUACUGCCUCACCACCAGAAUGUGAGUAAUACUGGUGUUACACUUCGUGGUUCAGACACAGACACCAGCAAGCAUGGGCGCUCCACUGAUGAUGCUGCUCCACACAAACAUCACCAGGAGGCCGGUGGUUCCACAGACACUGUGGAACACUCACAACAGUUGGCCGCCAUUGCAAAGAUCGCUGCGAUGUUCCCUACCGUGUCUGAGGCACACAUCAAUGACCUCAUGAAGAAAUAUCACAACAGGGAAGCUGUGGUCAUCAGUGCACUGCAGGUUCAGAAACAUCCCCUUGCAACACCUGGUCCCUACGGUACCUUCACGCCGCCUCCCAUGCGACACUUCAUACCAACUGCUACUGCCCUCAUGGCUCUACAGAGUACUAAGGCAUCCUUGACUGUGACUUCAGCCAUAGUAGCUACAACACAUUCAUUAACUACAACUACUGCUGCAUCCCAGGAUAAACCAGUGAUAGUUGCACCCAAAACUGCAGUGAGCACAGGAAGUACCACAGUAACUACCACUGCUACAAGCAAUGGUAUUGCUCAUGCUACCACUAAUAUAGAUCAGUCAACCUUCACUUCUAAGACUGAGCGUGCACAGUAUCGUCCGGCGUACGAACGAGCUAGAGGAGCUCUUCUUUUUGAUGAUAAAUGUAGAAAGUCACCCAUGAUAGGCCAGCGUGGGUCUUUGGAAAGGUCCAUCGGCUCUCCUAGAAUGGGGCGUGAGUCUGUCGAUAGAUCUAUGGGCUCUCCGAGGUUGGGUCAAGGCUCUCUGGAGCGAUCCAUUGCUUCGCCAUUCCUAGGACGAGAGUCUCCACUCCAUUCGUCGCGUGCUUCCUCACCGCACACACUAGGGUCUCCCCGACCCACUACCCGCUCUACCUCUGAGUUUACCCGCUCUCAGCUAGGAUCGCCCAGGAUCGAUCACCGUCACUCUCCUCGACCCUCGCCUCACUCUCCCAAGAUCAAACUCAGGUACCUGAAAGGAAUCUUUCCUAAGGUGGAGCCAGCAGUGAUACUGGAUGUUCUUACUCAGUGUAACUACAGUGUUAAAGAUGCCUGUGAGAAGAUGAUACUGCUGGGUCAUGAGAAGAAGGAGACAGUGUUGUCUCCACCCAGACUGAAGGAGAGAGCUGAGGGCAAGGAGAACAAGUUGGCUCCUCCCAAACCUUCACCUGCUCCUCCAAGACCUAAGAACCUCGGGGAAAAACACAAGAAGAAAGUGCGUAACCAGCUGGCAGCAGAGUACCCAGCACUGACACCAACGGUGGUGACCAUGGCACUGCAGUCUGUGCACUAUGACGAGACGCGCGCCAGACAAGUCCUUAACAACAUGGCCGAGUCGGACCGCAAGACACAGCAAGCUCUGGCAACCAUCACACCAAAAAUGUCAAGGAGUGCAGAGAGCAAGACCGUAGCACUGAGCCUCAUCGGGUCCCCUCCACUGUCCAGGAGAGACGGUGUCAAGCCCACCAGACCACCCUUACCCAGGACCAGGAUCAAACACUGCCUGGACCGCUGCCCAGACAGUGUCAGGAGGUAGCAGUGUUGACCAGGAGGAUUUGGGGUUCCGCAGUGAGCAGAGAGCGCAGCCCAGCGGUCCCAACACCACUCUACAUAAAGGCCCUUCAGAGUGCCUUCUACUGUCAGACUACCAGGCCUGGCAUGGUCCUAACCCAGAGAACGCAUCAGGUCACAGCAAGAACCUGGCUCAGGGCCCAAAACGCACUCUCCUACGAGGACCCUCUGGGUUGGCUCGGGGCCAAGACCCAGCAAUUCGUAAGGGCCCCCAGGGGCUGGCCAAGGGUUCAAAGUUCACACAGGGGAUUAAAAAAGAACCUUGUUUCUCAACCAAAAUGCUCUAAGAUAUUUUGAUUUUGAUUUUGUUUUAGGCAUUUAAAAUUCUGAAAAUUUUCAUUUUUAAUGAUUAGAGUUUGUUUAGUGUAAUAUGUCGAGGCAAUUAAGAGUGGGUCGUCAAGGA